GUCUCUUCACGAUCCUCACGAAAUGGAUUAUUGUUCGAACUGUGGUUCCACCUCUGUCCUAUCAAAAUAAACAUUAACCAAUUAACAUUCUUAAAUGCAUUUAAUGUAGCAAGUUGUGACACAAUGGUUUGGUUGCUGACUGUUUGGUUAGCCGUGAUGUUGGGGUUUUGGAAAUGUGCUUUCACGCUCAUUCUAUAUGUAUCCAUUGCAAAUGCUUGGAGAUUUUUCGCUACAAUGCCUGGAGCACGCCCUAAGAGGGCUGACGAAUAUAUUUGUACACAAAUCCCACUUCCAAGGUUUAAAUACAAUCCUGGUUACGUUACUGCUUUUAUUCCCAUCGUCAACUCUUCAGUUCAUCAUAUCAUAAUAAGUGCUUGUGAUAAAUGGAUGGAAGGUGUAGAAGCUAGCCGACCUGGCCCUUGUGAUGGUCAAUGUCGAACCCACAUUUUGUAUGCCUGGGCACACAACGGUGCGCCCCUUAUCCUUCCAGAAGGCACUGCUUUUGAAAUUGGCCGCACCACUCCAAUCAAAUCGCUUUCAAUGGAAGUUCAUUAUAGUCAGCGCGAGGAAAACCCUGAUUAUGCUACUGUCGAGCUCACCUAUACUCCUCAACCUCAGCCGAAUCGUGCUGGAAUUAUUCUUUUAUACAAUGCUGAAGCCACCAUUCCUCCACACGCUCAACAUUUUCCAACAAACAUAUCUUGCAGACUGCAUACAGAGGUUCCAGUUUACGUUUUCGGAAUUCGAACGCAUGCACAUGACCUAAAUCGAGGGGUGUACGGGUACUACUUUCGCACUCGAGAUGAUCGCUAUCAUCUGAUGGCCAAG